GAUUCGUGUGGCGUCCAUAGAAGAGUGAAGUUGUUUCUUACUGUUAAUGUUUCUUUUGUCAAUGAAAAAGACGACUACAAGUAAGUCAUCCUUGAUUUUCUCCAUCCCUUUUGCUUAUGCUUAUAUAUAUCCAGCAUUUACAUAAAUAGUUAGAUAUAGCUUAGGUUACAAGCGGUGGCCAUGAGUGGCCACGACAUUCCUCCCGGGGACCCGGGGGGAACAUUGGACUAUGUUCAAAAAAUAAAUGAAAUUAUAACUAGAUCGCCGAGCACCCAAGAAGCGGUUAGAAGUCUAAUGACCUUAUCCCAACUAAAUCAAAUUCCCUCCCUCUUAAAUAGAGAAUUUCUCUCCCAGCUUGAAUGUGACGAUACUCUGAAAGGAGAAAUUAACGAAAUAGUAGAUAGGGGGUUCUGGAUCUCUGAUAAAGGGGACAGAAUCGAUAUUAAUGAAAAAAUGGUUAUUCAUUCUGAUGUUACUUUGAUUCCGCAAAAAAUGGAAGUAAAACAAACAAAUGAUAAUAAAAAACAUGACCUUGAAAUACUUUUGUACACAAUUUACGAUACCGGACCGUUUGUAGUAAAUAUAGAAUCAAAUAAUAAUUCAGAAUUGCACUACCAAAAAAUAGGUAGAUUGUUUUCACAAAGCAACAACAAAAAUUUUGAAAUCAAUAGAGUAAUGAAAAAAGGUAAAAAUAGGGUUGCCAUAUUUUUUAAAACAUUAGAUAAAGCUAACGAAUUUAUUAAAAAUACUGACUUUUUAGCAACAUAUAACCUAAGAGCAUUUAUACCGAGACAUUUAGUAACAACAAAAGCACUUAUUCGAGGUAUUGAUCCAGAGUUUUCAGAAGAAGACAUACGGAACAACCUUAAGUCCCUAGGUAAAAUUUCCAAAAUAACUAAUGUAAGAAGAAUAAAAAAAAAAUCAAAGGAAGACAGCGGCCUACUGAUUAACACUCCCCUGGUGGUGGUUACUUUUAGAGGUAAGUUCAUUCCACAAAAAGUAGAACUUUUUCUAUGCGUAUUCCCUACUGAAAAAUAUAUCGACCCAGUCAUUCAAUGCUUUGGAUGCUUAAGAUAUGGUCAUACAAUCUCACAAUGUAAGAGUAAACAUAGGUGUGAUAGGUGCGGUGAAGGAAAAAAUGAAAAUGAAAAACAUGACAACUGUCAUUUAAAAUGUAUUUUCUGUAAUGAGGCCCACUCCUCCUCUGAGAAGGGCACUGCAUUCAAAAAUCGUAUAUGCAAAGAGUUUAUUCGGCAAAAAAAAAUCAAAGAAAUUAUGUCUAUCUAUAACUUAUCAUUCUUUGAAGCCUCAAAGAAAAUAAAGGAGGUAACCCCUCAAACAAAAACAUUAAAGGAAACAGAGGCAAUUAGAAACAUAUAUACGGAGGACUUUCCCCCGUUAACAGAAGAAAUUCCAGAGGAGGACUUCCCUCUUCGCAAAAACCUAACUUUCACUAAAAUUCUCAAUAAAACACCUAGAACACAAUUAAAACGCCCCUCCCAAUUUAAUGAAGAUAGUUACUGCAAUACAAAUGGGAGAAUCCAAGAAACCCCGAUUAAAAUAAAAAUAAUGUCAACAGGAGCAGAUGCAUACAAUCCAUCGUCUGCAUCCUCCCCAAUAAUAUCCCACCGAGAUAAAUUUAUAGAGCUAUUUAUACAUUUUGUAAAAAAUUUCCCAGAAACUAUCGCAGAUUUAAUUAAUACUCACUUCCCUCAGGGAAUAACACAAAUAGAAUCUAAACUUAAUAAAAACCAAAAUGAGUAAAGUUAAAGUCAUCCACUGGAACAUGAGUACACAGAAAAAAAUAAUUUUAAAAUGUCAAAUAAAUGAGUUAUUUAACUGCAUUUUAUUUCAAACAAAUAAUAAUUAUUUAGUUUGAACUAAUUUUGUUUUCUUAAAAUAAAUCAACUUAUUUGAUUAUUUUUUAAAAUUUGUUUGACUUAUUAAACUGUUGCAUCAAACAAAAAUUAUUUGUAUUUAACAAAUAAUUUUUGAAACAAUAUUUUAUUUUAGCCAAAUAACGAUUUAUUUAUUACAAAUAAAUAUGUAUUUACUCCUCAAAUUUUGCCAAAUC